AUGCCUUCGGCAAUUCGGCCUCCCAUGCAUUUGGUUCGGCCGUUCCGCCUUGCAGGUGUCCGGUCGCUCGACCUCUACUGUUUGGCCUUCUGUGGCCUCAACAUUCAGGUAUUCGGCCGUUCAGCCUCACAAGAACUCGAUCGUUCGGCCACACAGGUACUCGGCCUUCAGGCCUCAAUCGUCCGUCCUUCAAGGCGUCAAGUGUUCAGAAUACGAGAAGAUGAAAGCAGUGAGAUAUAUAAACAUUAUGCCGAGCUAUGUCAGGGACCUGCCUUGGAACUUUUCCAAAAUGACUCUGAGAGGGAGCAACACUACGCAGAUGCUUUAAGCACGAGUUCAUAUGAAAUUGUUAAUGAUACUAGCGUUGCGACAGAAAUGGAAGCAGCUCUAAAGGAGUAUGACCAAGUUGGUGCGGACCUUGGGAUCAUUCCCAGAUCUUGUAAAUUCUUUGCCGAUGAUCCGAGUUGGCUUACAAGAUGGUUAACUGGGGAAGAAAAACUACAAAGGAUAUGAUGGGUUAUUAUUUUGACAUGUAUAAUUUGAACAUUUGUUUCUGUACUAUUUUAACUCGUAGUUCCUUAUACAAAAGACGUUGUCAGUUUUCUUAUCA